AUGAACCUGAGCUUGCUAGAACGACCGGCGAUACUAUGUCAAUGCCUCAGAUGCUCCAGCUCGCUGGCUGUUUUAGAGAAUGAAUGGGGAAGACUUUCCGGCAUCUAUGCCGUUCCAACGGCGUGGUUGAGUGUCAACCUGCAACGAAUCUCGGUUGCGGACGAACAGAAGACUAUCCCGCAGACUUCUGAGAUGAGCAUGUUCCGGGGCUGUUGUGCUCAAGAGGUCUCAUGCAAGCUGUGCCAGCAGAAAUUGGCCAUCCUCUGCGAACUAAAUGAUCGCCCCCAUAUCCUCUGGAAGAUGUCAAAGGUUUCCUUCCGAGAUAUUGUGACCAUGCGAACCGCCGAGCCUCUUUUCAAGGAUGGUGCACUCGACACGUUGUUCCACCCCGCCGCGUCGGUAGCCGAAUCCCUCCAAAAAUCGAAGCAUGACAAUGCUUUGGUGCCUGCUGGAUCGCAAGAUACACUUCUCAUGGACCCUUCGAUGCAUAGGCAAAUGCAACAUCACGGUCGAAGCAUCGACCAAAUCUCGAACUCAGUGAACAAUUUACACGACACCAUGGCCGAUUUGAAACAUUCGUUCACUUCACUCCGGAUAGAAUUGAACGACCCCAACAGAGCCUUCAGUGAAAACAACUCGACAAGAACUCCGGGGUUUGAAAUGAUUGCCACAGUUCUCAAGGAGCUCAAAAGCAAAUCGGACGAGAAUGAGAAAAUGAGGCUAGAAAUGGAGACUCUGAAACUGAAGAAUCGCAUGAUCGAAGCACGCAAGCCAGCCAACCCUGAGGAUCCCGCUCCAGUCCUCACCCUAACACGGCCUACGGACCUACAAAGUCCGGGUCCUCAUCAAGCUGGGAAGAAGCGUGCAUGGCCAGAUGCAUUCCCGGCCGUUCGAGCCCCAACGGUGGCAGACUCGUUUGAUGAAGAUGACAUGGCAGAUGACCUGCCUCUGGAGAAUCGGUCGAACGAACACAGCCAUGACCCCUCGCUGCCCGCGGCGCGCCAUUCUUCGGCCAGGCCCGCAGAGUCUCAGCUUCAAUACGAACUCAGCCAAACGGGCGAGAACAAUACCAACAACCCGACGAAAUCCAGCAGGCCCAAGCGGCAACGACUGAACCCGCGAAAUGAUGAAGAAGCGCCCAAGACCAGCAAGAGACCCGGCCGACCACGAAAAUCAAACGCGAUCGAGGAGAAUGUAGAGGCUACGGCUGUGCCGCCAAUUUCUACAACUAUCGAACAUGCGACACAGCUUCCCUCGGCUUCUUCGACCUCAGAACCACUGAAUCCACGGAAGAGAAAGCUACGUCGGAGUGCCCGGUCGCAGUCGUUUGGGCCAAGCGCUACAGCCUCGCAUGGCAAAGAUGCCACGAAUCCAACAAUCCCGAGCGAAGACCGAGGUACAGCCCAAGAAACGAGUACCGAUACACUGGAACAGAUGGGCACUUCUUCGGCUCUCGACGUGGAUGCAACGAACCAUGACUCGACGAUGAUGACCGAAGCUGCCCGUGAAUUUCAGAAGGAAAAGCUGAGAGCUAAGAUUCUGGUGCGAGAUGCUCAAAUUCGGAGAGUGAUGGAACAAGAGGAGGCAAUGGACACUCAUGAAGCCCAAUGA